GUUGCCCUUAGGUGGUCAGGGAGGCUGUUCCAUAAGCGUGGCGCUGCCGAGCAAAAGGCCGAGCAAAGGUACACUUUUUUUAGCACAUACAGAGUUAGAAUCGUCAGCACUUAAGAAUCAAAGAUACACAGAAACAGAAAAGUCAUGUUUCAGCUAACAAAGGCAUAUGAUUAACACACAUACAUACUUGAUUACAGCCAGAGUUUCAUAUUUCCCUGUCACAUCCUUUAUAUGUGAAUAUGUAAAUGCAAAGCAUUAUGUAUUUUUUUGUUACUGUGAUGCAUCAUACUGUAUUUUGUAUUUUGUAAUUCUGUAUUUAAAAAAAAAAAAAAAACUCCUGGGGACACAUGGUGUAUGAUGAGUCACAGAUAAAUGGAGGUACAUCAGCCCAAAGGUUCACAUUCCACACUCCUUCUCUCUUUAUGGAAAUGAGAGAUCCUUCUUGCAAUCUCCUUUCUGGGAAUGAAUGUUGUUACAUGCUGCAGCUUCCGUACGUCUUGAUGAGCAGUAGUGGGUAAAGUCCAGGCGAAAGGGGAGAUUAUUAACCUGGCUAAUCUGCGGCCCCUCUCAUUCACGCCUCCUUCAGUCAGUGGUGUCCUGUCAGUGAAGGAGGUCAAGAGCUCAAGUCUACAAACAGAAGCAAUCUACAAACAUAGGUGCACAUAGCCACUGGCAUACGUACCUACACCGGCAAGCCAAUGAAUCACAUUGACGGCACACUGGACCACAAGGAUGAGGACAGGCAGGAGCAGCCUGUUGAAAAUGGUGGGCCACCCUGCACAGCGAAGCCCCAGGCGGGGUUUGACAUGAUCUACCGGAUUGAGGAUGUACCACCUUGGUAUCUCUGUGCGCUUCUUGGCCUACAGCACUACCUGACCUGUUUCAGUGGAACCAUCGCCGUGCCCUUUCUGCUGGCGGAUUCCAUGUGCGUGGGCAAGGACCAGAACACUGUUAGCCAGCUGGUGGGAACCAUCUUCACCUGUGUGGGCAUCACCACCCUCAUUCAGACCACUUUUGGUGUCAGGCUUCCUUUGUUCCAGGCCAGUGCAUUUGCCUUUCUCAUCCCUGCUCAGGCCAUUCUAAGCCUGGAUAGAUGGGAGUGUCCUCCCGAGGAGGAGAUUUAUGGGAAUUGGAGUCUUCCUCUCAACACCUCUCACGUCUGGCACCCCAGGAUCAGAGAGAUUCAGGGUGCCAUCAUUGUAUCGAGUUUGGUUGAGGUGGUGAUUGGUUUCUUUGGACUCCCAGGCCUACUGCUGAACUCCAUCGGCCCCCUGACGGUCACACCCACCAUCUCUCUCAUCGGUCUGUCUGUUUUCCAGACCGCAGGGGACCGGGCCGGGAGCCACUGGGGUCUUUCUGCGCUGUGUAUUUUCCUCAUAGUGCUGUUUGCUCAGUAUUGGAGAGACUGGUCUAUGCCCAUACCCACCUACAACAGAGAGAAAGGCUGCACAACAACCAAAUUCCAGAUAUUCAAGAUGUUUCCGAUCAUCAUGGCCAUCAUGAUAGUUUGGCUGAUAUGUUACAUCCUCACACUGACUGACCUUCUUCCAUCGGAUCCAAACAGCUACGGCUUUAAGGCUCGAACGGAUGCCCGUGGAGAUAUCAUGUCCCAGUCCCCCUGGUUUCGCAUACCCUACCCAUGUCAGUGGGGUUUGCCCACGGUAACCAUUGCUGGGGUGAUGGGCAUGUUUAGUGCCACCCUAGCUGGUAUCGUCGAGUCGAUUGGUGAUUACUACGCCUGUGCCCGCCUCUCGGGGGCACCCCCACCCCCUGUUCAUGCCAUCAAUAGGGGGAUCUUCACUGAGGGCAUAUGCUGUGUCAUAGCAGGACUUCUGGGCACAGGGAAUGGCUCUACCUCAUCUAGUCCAAACAUUGGAGUGUUGGGCAUCACAAAGGUUGGCAGUAGAAGAGUGGUCCAGUAUGGAGCCAUUAUUAUGUUCAUUCUGGGAACAGUGGGAAAGUUCACGGCCCUGUUCGCCUCUCUGCCUGACCCCAUUCUUGGUGGCAUGUUCUGUACACUCUUUGGAAUGAUAACAGCUGUGGGACUGUCCAACCUGCAGAGUGUGGAUCUGAACUCCUCCAGGAACCUCUUUGUUCUUGGCUUCUCCAUGUUCUCAGGACUCAUGCUGCCCAAUUACCUUGAUUCGCACCCAGGAAGUAUUCAAACAGGUGUUCCUGAGCUAGACCAAAUCUUCACUGUUCUACUGACAACAGAGAUGUUUGUUGGAGGUUUCCUUGCAUUCCUAUUGGACAACACCAUUCCAGGGACGAUGAAGGAGCGUGGACUACUGGAGUGGAAGUCAGAUGGCAGCUCUAGCGGGAGCUCAGUGGACACGUCCACAUACGACUUCCCUAUCGGCAUGGGCUGUGUGCGGCGCCUCGGCUGCCUGCGACACCUACCCAUCUGUCCCAGUUUCCGUGGGUUCAGCCUGUUCAAACGAAAGGCCAGGGCACAAGGAAGGGAGGACCUGGAAGAAGAUGAGGUUGUGGAGGCAAAUCAUUCUGUGAAAACAACUUCCACCAAAGUAUAACCUCACUGAUGUCCUUGUUGAAACAGUUUGAUAAAUUAUUUUUUAUAGGAAACUGCAUUUCUCACAGAUUACUUCUCAGCUGUGCUAUCAAUAAUGUAUUUCUUAUUUAUCAAUCAUUAAAAAGUAACUCAGAAAAAUGUAUUAAUUAUAUUGUUUGUAUUGAAUGUUUAUAUGUGUAUUUUCAGUUUGCCUUUCGUCCACUGCCAGCCUGGGAUAAUAGAAGUCUUAAAAACUCAUUGCAUGUCACGUGGUCCCGACUAAUCUCAAUGAAAGUUGGACUAGGUUGUCAGUUAUGCUGUCAAUUAUCCUCACGAGACAUGUCUUAUUUUAUACAGUAUUAAAUUACAGCAUUAACAGGCCUCAAUGCUUUCAUAGUUUUUUUUUUCCACAUGUGUCAUGGCUGCACUCACAAAGCAAAUGUAGGCUGCUACAAAUGUAUUGUAAGCUGUCUGUGGUGAAGGGUCAUGUUUGAAUUCACAACCUAAUAUUAUUGUUGUAAAAAUAGUUUGCAUACUUGGUUCAGCUCUGAGAGGCAGUCUUAAUCCAGCCUAGUGCAGACAGAGUCAUCACAUCACACUAUCCGCCUACUCAUGUUUCACACAUUAUCAUGUCAAUUACAGUUUUUAAUACCAUUUCAGUACUGAACAAUAAAAUCACCAAGGAUA